AUGUCCGCCCCUCGCCGUGCUUCCUCCGCCACCCCGGGAGGUUCUGGGUCUGGUACGUCCCGCCCCCGUUUCCUUCCUAACGCUGUCACUCGCGCUCUUUCGCCUAGCUCCCUCGCCGGGGUUAUGGCUUCAGGCGGCUCGACGAGCGCGGCCCGUGUGGCCGCACUCGGUCACGUACACAGCGUGGCCGAGAUCGUUGAGCUCGUCCCGGUUGACUACCGGGAGGUGCUUCGCACCCCUUUGAAUGAGCUGGCUGCUACGAUCCAGAAAUGGAUCAAUGCUCGCGCCCGGGGCCGUGCCCUGGAGCAGCAUAAAGCGGCCGGUACUCUUCCGACCGAACUACGGGGGUUCAAGCCCCCCACCUUCCAAGUCGGGAAGGCGUUCGCCGACUCCGACGGUUACAAGUCGGAGCGGGACAUGUGGGAGAUUACGGUCUCCAACAUGACGUCCGACUUCCUGGGCAGCUUCAUAAAAGUAGCUGCACAGGAAGUCCAGCACUAUGCGGAGGUCAUCGACCCCGACGCCGUGGCCAAUCGUUUGGGCACGGCGAUUGCUGGGAAGUGGGCUCUCAUUAAAGAGAGCCAGCGUUAUGGAAAGAUCCGGCACGUCACCAAUGAGGUGACGGGUGCGUUCGAGAUCCAGUAUCUCGCCGACCAAGGCCCCUCUUCCGCUUCCAUCGUCGCGUUUAAUAACAUUAACGAGGACAUCAUGGCAUAUGCCACUCGCAUUCGCGACGUGGUCACCUCUCGCGAGGAUAUCGCCAAUGCCAAGGAGUUGGCAAAAAAGAAACUCAAGGAGUCCGCCGACGUCGAGAUGGGCGACGCAACUGCGUCAUCCUCGGCUGACUCCUCCGCCGCUGUCCGGGCUGAAGUAGCCCGGCAAUUGAAAGAAGCCGAGAAGAAGCGGGCCGUACCAUCCGCGGCGAAGAAGGCCGCUCCGCAAAAGAACGGCAAGAAGGCGAAGUCCGGCCAGGCUCACAAGAAGCCGGGCAAGUCGGGCCAGAAAGGUUCUGGACCGAAGAAGGACAAAGGGAAGGGGCGCGCUACGUAA